UGUACUGUUUUGUCGGUGGUUCAAGUGACUGACUGUAACUAGUGUGACUGUUUGUCGGUGGUUCACGUGACUGACUGUAACAAGUGUGACUGUUUGUCGGUGGUUCACGUGACUGGUACAAGUGUGACUGUGUUUGUCGGCUCUAGGCCAGACUCUCUGUGCUGUUUGUGUGCAACGCUGUGCAACAGCGUACAUCGCUGUGCAAUAGUGUACAAGGUUGUGCAACAGUGUACAAAGCUCUGCAACAGUGUAGAAGGUUGUGCAACAGUGUACAAGGUUGUGCAACAGUGUACAAAGCUCUGCAACAGUGUAGAAGGUUGUGCAACAGUGUACAAGGUUGUGCAACAGUGUACAAGGUUGUGCAACAGUGUACAAGGUUGUGCAACAGUGUACAAAGCUCUGCAACAGUGUACAAGUUUGUGCAACAGUAUACAAGGCUGUACAACAGUGUACAAGGCUGUGCAACUGUGUAAAACGCUGUGCAACAGUAUACAAGUCUGUGCAGCAGUGUACAACGUUGAGCAAUAGUGUACAAGGCCGUGCAACAGGAUACAAGGCUGUGCAACAGUAUACAAGGCUGUGCAACAGUGUAGAAGGCUGUGCAACAGUGUGCAAGGUUGUGCAACAGUGUACAACACUGUGCAACGUUGUGCAACAUGCGUUAUUGAUGCAGGAGUGGGCUGAGACCACGAUCUGUGCACUCUAAAACCAACAACAACACCGUGGGUCUACAGGAGUGGGCUGAGACCACGGUCUGUGCACACUGAAGCCCACACCGAGACUGACUGGAUGGAACUGGUAACUGGACGUAGUGGGUUACGGAGUGGGCGAGCCGUGGUGGGUCUCGAUGUGGUCACCAACACCCUCCCUCGCUCCUCAACCCACCAGUGCUGCCCACCCAGCCCACCACUCUCCUUGAGAACUCACGAGGACUCCUGUAGUGACUGCCAGGGCUGCCAGUCACAGAUAUUGCCCCCUGGUUCCCCCUUCCUAUCAUACCCCGCCCACCUGUACCCCAGCGUGGUGGCUAGUGGGUGGGGUGUGGGCGGCGGGGUGGGCGAAUGUACAACCUGCAGCCUGAUACCGCCGCCCCCGUGUGCCUGUCCUGAUCCACGGUGUGUGGGGGCGGCGCCCCCGCCCUGUUCUUGGACUUAUUUACAUCACCAGCACCAAGGGCAUGACGCCCACGUCGAUCACCACGCCCACGCCGCCCAUGGUCUGGACCUGCCUCGGGCCUCCUCGGUCUGUUCUCUGCCCAAACUUCUGAGUGUAGAGGAGCGACUGACAGCCGCCCUGGGACGUGUACCUGACUCUCACGACCACCUGAUAUCCCACGCCCACGGGAUACUUCCUGCCUCCUCCCGCCUCAGCAGGAGCCUUGAGGACCUACCGAAGGAUAUCAAGGAGCACAUCCUUAAGUGUCAGUGCUCCUGUGACCACUUAGGCUACGGCAACUUCUCGCGCGACCUCGCUACACCAUUCCUGGCUAGUAACGGGUGUUCUCGUGCCCUCAGACUAAUACCAGCAGGGUGA